CUCACGAUGUCUCCAUUGCUAAUUGGCUGACGCAGUUAGUAAGCAGUUUUCUUAGGCGAACUAAUCGUAUAUAAGCAACUCUUCUGUUUAUAAUUGUAAUGAACGUAGGUUACCACCAUCAGCGGUAUGAUCAGAAAAACUUGAAACACAAAUCGCUUGUGCUUACGAUGAUCGUUGCAAUGUAAAAAUAUUUAUAGUAACGAUAUCAACACAUCCACACUUUGAAAAGAAAACAGCUAAUUUAAAAGUGAUUAACGUUUUCAUAUUGAAGAUAUAAUGAUAGUGAGAAUAAUAUAAAACGAUCAUUUUAAAUGUAGAGAGGAAAGGGCGAAAAAAAAAUACAUUUUGACAAACCUGAACAAUGAUUUAAGCAGAACGCUGGGUGAGAUAUUUGAGAAGAAUGUGGCGUUAACGACAGUAUUACAGUAUGGCUUCCAAAUAAGAGAUGGAUUAUACCAGUGGGUCAGCAGAUUAUCAAAUUUGUAAUACAAGGUUUCAUGGAAAAAAUUGACGAAUGACGAAAACUCUUCUCCUUCGAACAAGAAUAAUACUGUUCAAGCAAGAUAUAAAACACUUUUAUGUGUUUAAGUCAGUGUCAAAAAAUAAAAAGCACAUACUUGAAAAGAAUCGAAAGUAAAAAUGGGAUAUCACGUGACACCUGCAACGUUUGCAGUGUUCCUCCUACUGGUCUUCAUCACGUGUUGCAGUGCCCACGGCGGAAUGCAGGAGCCCCCAAUGAGGAGCCUCGCCUGGCGGUAUGGAUUCGACGUCCCCAUCAACUAUGAUUGGAACUCGUUGUAUUGUGGAGGAUUUUCCAAAUUCCAGCAGAGCGGAGGAAAAUGCGGGCUAUGUGGAGAUCCCUACGAUGGACCCUUCGAGAAUGAUAGAGGCGGUCCGUAUGACACAGGGAUCAUCGUGAGGCACUAUCCCGCAGGCAUGAGGCAGAUAGAUGUCAAAUUCGAGCUUACCGCCUAUCAUAAGGGUUACGUGACCUUUCACCUUUGUCCUAACAAUGAGAUGACCUUGACCCAGGCUUGUUUUGAUGCUCACCCACUGCAGAUAGUGGAAGGUUCUCCGGACGACCCGUACAAGUUUUACCCUCCAGAAAACCCGAAACUGCACGAGGUCAAGGUCGUUUUGCCUCGAGGUGUCGUCUGCGAUCGAUGUGUUCUACAGUGGAUUUAUAAGGCUGGCAAUAGCCUUGGACGUCAUGAAAACGGAACCUCUUGCAUUGGUUGCGGUUUGCAGGAGACGUUUAUCAACUGUGCGGAUAUAAGUAUUGGUGGAACUGUGGAUAAUAUCUUUGUACGUAAUGACACAAACUCACCUGAGACUGAUAUAGUUAUUCCUCAGACCGCAAACGUAACUCAAAUCACUGACGACGCUCCAUCUGAUUCAUUCGAGGCGGUAAUCAGAGCACUACGAGGCUUCCAUCAAUUUGUGGACAGACGCUUUAAUGCCCCAGGGGCGAAUGUAGCAACGCAAGAUAGUGGAAUGGUUGGAACUAGACGUGGGGCAGGCGAUCAUCCAGGAAUUAAUCCAGACCAGAUGAACGUACCACGAAACAAUCUUCAAGGAGCAGGGGUUAAUUCAAGACGCGUUUUACCAGGACUUCAACCCAAUAGAAACAGAGUUCCAGACUUGCACGGUUUUCCUGCUGACCAGACUCAAAGUAUAGGAAGAUUUCACCAGACGAACCUAUUUCCAGGCCACCCCUCAAGCAUUGGGCGUAUGAGUACAUUUGGUGACCCAAAUACAGCUUCUAGGAGUAGGAAUGUCGACCUUCCCAGGCCUUCAAGUUUCCAGACCGUCCGAGAUAUAAAUUUACAAGACCGAAGGUUUAAUACUCUCUCACGGACAGAUGAUUCCAACCAGAGACAACACGUUCAAAACAGAUUACAACGUGGCCGAAUGACACCAUUAACGAUGAUGGUGAACCCCAACGGUGAUCCAAACAGAAGAUCUCCAAAUGACAGGCUGACUCAAGGAACAUUUGCAAGUGAUCCAAACAGACAAAGACAGUCUGUACCUAACAGAUCAGGUCUCAAUUUUCGUACACCAAUCAAAAGGCCGAAUAUUCAAGCGCGCCAAAAUUUAGCAAAUCCUCUCGAGCGGUCAAAUGCUCACAGUAGUUUUAUACCGUCAAAUUCAGAUACAAGAAAUAGGUUUAGAACAAAAAGCCAGCAAGUUCAAGCCGGUAGAAUGCCGGUUUUCUCCCAUAGAAACAGUGGAUUUCCACCAAGAACUUCUCAUGGUUCUGCUCUUGGUGCUACAUCUGGGCUCGCUAGAAACACUCAGUUGCAUAAUAGACAAAGAAUACCUAACGGUUACACUAAUGCUGUUGUACCUCCAAACGAGUUUGGGUCGCAAAUGAACAGAAUGGCAUGGCAUCGAGGGGACGGUAGGACGUCUCCGCGGGAGUUAGUCCGGCAUAAUUCGCAUCUUGACACCAGGGACUUUUCAACGACUGAUAUACGCCAGCAUGUUCCUCAGUUAUCAAGAAACGUGGAAUUACGACAGGAUGGUUUCCCGCUUUUGCAAAGACGUCAACAGCAAUACAUGGUGCCGGAAAGAGAGAAUUGGUUUCCGAACACUCCAGCGUUUGUGCAGAGUCGUCGUUUGCGGGCACAUUCUGAUCGUUUGCGCAUGCGUAAUGGCCAAUCCACGCCAUUCAGUUUACCGAGACGUAUUGAAGUGGACACUAUAAAUGUUGCACAACAUUUGCUAAGGAAAUACCCGCAACUACGAGGAAGGGUGUUUCUGUCACGCAGAGGUCAUUUACAAAAUGAAUAUUCCCAAAUAACAAACCAAUAUGCUCGACGAAUAACUGGAGGUCAGAAUUGGUAGAUGGCAGUUGGUAAUCGUAAUGGGGCUAUCUGCUCCUUCAAUUGAUAUCAUUUCCACUUUCAACACUCGAAGCAGACACAACUUCUGUUAAGUUUGUUGAUACGUUUGAUGUUAUUAUAACAAGCAUACUGUUACAUCCGAUCGGACGCAGGAGCACGGGACUCUGAUCUAUACACAUGGGUUACGCUUGUUCUAUAAUAUAUGGCUUUGUUGCAGUCUUUGUGAGAAAAUUUCAAUUUCGUUAAUAGUAUAUGUAUAUAAUAUAUAACUUCGUGAAAUAUCCAAAUCAUUGAAAAUGAUUUACAUAUCAACAAAUUAAUUCUUAAAUUCUUAAGAACUGCUUGAAUUCAUAAUUAUAUAAACAACUUAACAAAUGUUAAUAUU